AUGACUGUCCCCAGUCUGCUACUUCUUGUUGUAAUUCUAACACAAGCUGAUCUGGGUUUACAAGAUGACAUCACUCCAGCCUCUACAGAACUCCUUGUCUCAGAGGGUGAAACAGCUUCUCUCUCCUGCACAUACAGUAAUGCUGUGAAUGUGAACAAUCUGCAGUGGUAUCGCCAGAAUCCAGGAUCUAAACCAGAAUUCAUCAUCAUGUUGUUUGAAUCCAGUGACCGCAAAGUGGACUCAACUUCUCAUCCUGAAUACAGAACUGAAUCCAAGCAGAUCAGCAUACCAGCCUCCCUCAUGAACUACACUAUGGUCAUUACCAUAAUGACUCUUGUAGCACUGCUACUGUUUUCAACCAUCUUGGGUAAGAGUACUGAAAGCCCUAUUGUACCAGACACUGUAGUGAAGUAUGCCAAAGAAGGAGAAAAUGUUCAGCUCUCCUGCAGGUACAAUGGAAGCGCUGACAGUCUGCACUGGUAUCGCCAGUUCUCCCAGUCUGUGACACAGUUUCUCAUUCUGGAUUAUCAAGGCACUAUCAUCAAUGCAACUCCUCCUGUUCUUGGGAUAUCAAUCAGACAUGACAAUACAGCAAAGCAAGUUUCUCUGAAGAUCUCAUCUGCUGAAGUCUCAGACUCUGCUGUAUACUAUUGCGCCCUGCAGCCCACAGUGUCAGGAAACCCAGCAGCACUCAACAAAAACCCUCACAGCCAAGAUGAAUGGCAAUAGCACAAUACUCAUAGAAAGACAAGACUCAAGAGUGAUACAAAAGUCUCAUGAAGGGAUUUAAAGUUUUUGGUAACACUUUACGGUAAGGGUAC